AUGAAGCUGAGCGGCCUCCUACUCACUGUGACCGUCCUCUGCCUCCACAUGGCCCAGCCGGGCUUCCUGAGGAAGGCCAAGUCAAAGCCUGGGUAUUGUCCGGAGUUCCCCCUUUCCUGCCGCUUCACCCUGUUCCCCUCUUGCUGGCGGGACAGAGGCUGCCCGGGGACGAAGAAGUGUUGCUUCUACUACUGUCGCAUGCAGUGCAUUGAGCCGUGGUGGACCUUGGAUUGA